AUGUCUUCAGGCGUCAGCCAUACCUUUGGAUCGCAUACACAUACACAUUCGCAUACGCAUACGCAUACUCAGUCCAACGUCAAUGGCAGAAAACGAGCACGAGAAUCUGCUGAUAGCGACGAUCAUCUACUAUCCAAAGCGAAGAAAACAAAGCUCGCCAUUGAGAUCCCCCCUCCAAAAUUAAAAUCGCUUCCACAACGAAAACGAUCCGGCGUUAUCAAAUCGAACGCGAAUCCCGACCUGAAUUCUGCGAACUCCGUGCAACAUCUACAAAUAGCAACACCAGCAGAUGUGCGAACAGCACAUCCGCCAUCCCAGAAAGAUGAACAACAACCACAACCACAACAAAAACCUACAAAACACCACAGUAAAGUUGCCAAUGGCAUCAAGCACGAGUUGGAUAGGUUACAGGACAAGCUACUGCAAGCUGACAAGUCCGACCUGAAGGAUGAAAGGCGGAAGCUUCGAUCCCAGGAAGGGACAAAAUUCAAGAGUGAAUUGUCCGCGUACUUCCCAGAAUAUGACGAAAUUAUUGGAAAUGUUCCAAAAGAAGAACAUGCCGACAUGCCAAUUAUUAUCAUCGAUAGCUCCAAGUCUUCCUCGAAAACUCCGCGUACGCCCAAGAAGAAGGAGCAGAAGAAUGAAUAUACAGUCAAAGAAUACCCAUCCUCUCUCUUUACCAAUCUUCAUGGUACUCAUAGAGUGGACUUUUCUCUGUUCACUCCUGUGGUUUGCGAAGAGGAUCCCCUAUCUGAAGAUCACUUUAAGAUGCUUCACAAACGACCAGAACGUCAAGAAAAAGCUGUGCGGAACGCCGAUAAGAGUCGAGCACAACACGAGAGAGAUUCGGUCAUUCGACUGAUGGAAGGUCUGCAAGGACCAGACUGGUUGAAGACACUGGGGGUUAGUGGUAUCACCGAGGGCAGGAAGAAGGAAUUCGAAUCAGCACGCCAAUACUUUAUAAAAGGGUGCGAGUCUAUUCUUGAAAAGUUUCGGAUCUGGAAAGAUGAUGAGAAGCAAAGGAAGCUGAAAAGGGAACGGGCGAUAGCCGAAGCACAAGCAAGAGCUGAGGCGGAGUCCGAUGAGGAUGAAGAAUCGGAGGAUGAUCUCGAAAGUAACGGCGACCCUCCAGAUCUCAGUGAUAUUGAUGCUUCUGCUGCGAGGCAAUUGCAUGAUGAGGCAAUCGCCAACUCUGCUCCUAGACGAAGAGCUAGAACAAACUCUGUGCUUACCGUUGCACCUACUGUGGAGAGAGAAUUCAAGUCAUUCUUUGCCAAACCAUAUCUACGUGAUGCAGCACUUGGAAAGCAUCGACGUAGUGGUAGAAGCGUUGCUGCCUGGGGACACCCAGUCCCUGAACUUCCAGAAGAGGCUGACUUUGACUUGCCAGAAGAUUUUCUUGAUGAGGAAACACUGAGAGCUCAUGCAAGAAAGAAGAGAAGGGACAGAAGAAUCACAAGAGACUAA